UGUACAAAAGGAAAAAGAGAAAAAGAAUCAGAACAGUAAAAACAAUAUUGAGAAUGAUAUUAGACAACAGUAAAGUCUGCAUAACUUGUUAGUACUGAGUGAUUUGCAGCAGUGAACUGCUGAUCUGUAUUAAUGUUGUAACCUCUUGCCUUUCAACCUUAAGUAGAUGGAAAAUGAUAUUAGUGCAGAUGAACAGAAGUUAAGUGUCAUGUAUAAACUCAUCUGUUCUCAGAUCCCAGUCAACCAUGAGGUUUAUCUCCUGUCAGUUGACCCUUCUGGCUGUAGUUGUGGUUACACUCACUGUGGUGUCCUGCGCUGAAGCUAAGACUACUCCGAAACCAAAGUACCAGUACACCAAGAAGCCUGUCCCUCAGAUCACUGUGCACAACCCUGUGACCACCAACAUGCCCAAGACUCUCAAGAUAGUGCCGAGUGCAAAUCCUGUGGAGUCCCAUCCACUGCCCACCACAGAGAGGACCACCUAUCCAAAUCACGUCUUUCCACAGUACUACACAGAGAGCACUGAGUCCCCUGGUGUUGGCCCUGAGAACUACACCUUGGAUUACAACGAGUGUUACUUCAACUUCUGUGAGUGCUGUCCACCUGAGAGAGGCCCCAGGGGCCCAAAGGGAGACAGAGGCCUGACAGGGCCACCAGGUGAGAGAGGCCUUACAGGAGCAGCUGGUUUACCUGGACCACAGGGAGUGAGUGGUCCUAUGGGGUUAAGAGGAGACAAAGGGGAAAAGGGUGACAGAGGAAGCAGUGGAACAGGCGGGUCACCAGGAAUCCCAGGAAAACCAGGACAUAAAGGUGAUGUUGGCUCAAAAGGUGAGAAAGGUGAAAUAGGGUUGCAAGGUGUCAUGGGUGGUAUUGGGGAGAAAGGGGAACCUGGCCAGAAUGGGACUGCUGGUGAGAAAGGAGAACCGGGAAAGGAGGGGCCAGCUGGACCUCCGGGUGUGGCUGUUGAGUCAGGUGCUAAGGGAGAUAAGGGGGAUAAGGGGGAGUGUGGCACGUUCGGGGAGAGAGGACAGAAAGGUGAGCGAGGGGAUCCUGGGCAUCCUGGCAUCCCAGGAGUGAUGGGCAUUCCAGGAAUGAACGGCAAGCAUGGUUCCCCUGGUCCUGUAGGCGUCCGAGGGGAUCAAGGACCUCCUGGACCACAAGGAGAACCAGGGGUUAGAGGAUCUCAGGGACCACAAGGCAUGAGAGGGAUGAUGGGGCCAAAAGGGGACAGAGGUUACCCUGGGAUGAGAGGUGAGCGGGGCAUUCGUGGAUUCAAAGGAGCUAAGGGAUCAGGGUUUCCCCAGAAGCGCUCUGCCUUCAGCGUGGGUAUCUCUCCAAGAAAGUCCUUCCCUCCUUCUGGCUUUCCAAUACGCUUCGACAAAGUGUUCUACAACGAAGACAACCACUACAAUGUGACUUCCAACAGCUUCACAUGCGUCCAUGCCGGGGUUUACGUCUUCUCCUUCCACAUCACGGUACGCAAUCAGCCCCUGCGAGCCACACUGGUAGUGAAUGGGUCACGGCGGGUAAGGACACGGGACUCUCUGUAUGGUCAAGACAUCGACCAGGCAUCCACACUGGUGGUGCUGCAGCUGGCGGUGGGUGAUGAGGUGUGGAUGGAGACACUCAGAGACUGGAAUGGGGCAUAUGCCAGCAGUGAGGAUGACAGCAUCUUCUCUGGAUUCCUGCUUUACUCAGACAAGGCCUGACACUCUACUGAAACUAUUUUCUUCUACUGGACUGUUCCACCAACUUGACUAUAUCUGUGAAAAGGCCAAAUACCGGUGGUGCUACACUAUACUCAUUACUGAUGAACUGCUCAAAAGCUGUUCUGCACAUUAGACUGA